GCCAAUCGGAAGCCAGGAGCCAGGUGCUUCCUCCUGGUCUCCCAUGCAGGUGCAGGGGCCCAAGCACUUGGGCCAUCCUCCACUGCCUUCCCAGGCCACACCAGAGAGCUGGACAGGAAGAGGAGCAACUGGGACAGAACCCGGCGCCCCAAUCGGGACUAGAACCCGGGGUGCCAGUGCCACAGGCAGAGGAUUAGCCAAGUGAGCCGCGGCGCCGGCUGUGACUGCUCCAUUUCUGAUCCAGCUCUCUGCUCAUAAAAUCAUCACAUCUUAGAGUGUCAAUUUCAUUUCUAUAGAUUACCUUAGGUACUCUGUGCUUUCUGUUUUCAGCAUUCAUAAGGGCUCCUUCUACUCAGAGAGACUUGGUGUCACCAAUAGAGAUUUUCCCCCAGAGAGUUCAGCCACGAGAGUGCCACAGGAAAUGCAACUAAUAGUAACAAAAACCUUACUGUGCGCAGGUACUCCAGGGCUGCACCGCCUGCUGAAGCACCAUCCUAGGCUUUGGGUCAAAGGCAUGCUGGGAAUUUCCUCCCCCUACCUGCUCCCUAGUUUGCCAGGACCCUUCCUGCCUCACCUGGGAAUCACAGCUCAGAGCCCUGCGUCAGCUGUGUGUCCUCUUGGAGUCUGCAGGGAAGGCAGGCUCUGAAGGAGUUAGUGGAGACGGAUCUCUGGCCAUAGUCUGCAUGGUGAGCAGGGCUGCAGGAGAGGCCUGAGUGAUCAGGAGGAGGUUACUGUGAACAAUGAGCAGUUAACAUGUCCAGGUCAAGGCCUGGAGGACUGCCCGGCCACUCUGCAGCAGUAGAGAGCAGUAGUUCCUAACCCAUGUGUUGUGACAGCCAGUUUUGUAAUCUAUAAUCCUGGAUAGAUCCUUCUCCUCGUGUUAUCUGAGGCAUUAUUUUUAAAUACUGGCAUACUCUGCUGUGAUUAAUGGAAACCACAGGUUUAGAAAUGUUUUUAAGUGUAUAGGUUUUUGUCUUUAAUCAUUUUCUCAUUAAAAGUCUACACAAUUGAGUAUCAUGCAGAAAUGCAUGGUUUUUGUUUUUAACAUUUAAAAGGACUCCUCCUGCUUAAAAGACUCAAAAAAUCACCGAUGGAAAUGAUUCAAGAGUGCAGCCACGUGAGUGCCAGAAGGAAAGUGGUUAAUGACAGCAUAAAAACAUAAGAUCAGCAGGCACUUAAAGAGCCCAUCUUUAUUCCAGACUCUGCACUGAAUGCUUUGUGGGCACCCAGUGUGGUCACCCUGCUCUGGUCCUGUGUCCCCUUCUGCCUGUCACUGUCCUGGGCCACUGAGGUAUCUUAUUUUAGGGUUGCCUUGUUUUGGGGUUGUUGGUGGAUGAGUGCAAAAUCCUCCGGGGUGGACGGGAUUGUUUGCUGAGUGGGCCUGAACGAAGAGAGGUCUGUCCACUUGUGGUCUAGUCCUUUAAAUGGAAGAUUUGGAAAAGCGCACAGUGUUCUGCCCUCCCAGCUCGUCCUCAUCCUGCCCUGUGUGGCUCACACAGAGAUGCCAGCUCCCCUGCGCCUGGCUGGCCUUGGAUGCUGCCUUGCUGCAGAGGAGGACGUAGGCGUGAAGGCCACAACCUGCUCCCCGACGCCAGCCCCAGCCAUCUGGGAAGCCGCCCAGGGUAAAGGGCUGAUGCCAUUCAGGGCACUGGGGCAGGAUGGGACUGGCCGAGGUGCAGGUCUCCUUCCCAGCAGGUGCUGAGUGAUGACAACCGAAGAGGUCUCACCCAUCCCAGCGGAGUGCGAGCAGCGGCCUGGCCAUAGGAAGGCUCCCGGCGUCUCCCCUGAGCGUCCAGGGUUUCCUGGGCCACAGGUAAGGAAGGCUCCACCGACAAGCUGCUCCCAGUGCUUGACCUCUUCUCUCUGUCUCCUCUCAAGGCGUCCUCCUGAUCUUGGCACUGACUGAAGCACUGGUGUCCGCUGUCCAGGAACCGUCUCCCAGGGAAUCUCUGCAAGCCCUCCCAUCAGGCACCGUGGUGACAACACUGCAUAGCUCUGCUAGACACCCCUCCAUGGUGACCUUGAAACCCCAGCCCAGUGACCCCUCCUCUCAGGCUGCAUCUCCCAUGGCAACAACGACGCCCCAUCCAGACCAGCACCCUUCAGCAAGCACCGCGUCAGCCAUUGUGACAACAGUGACCACCCUCCAUUCGGAAGGCGCCCUGCCCACGGGACCCCCUCCAGCUGCCAUGACAACCACCACCUCCUCCCUCUCAGAGGGCCGCCCCCCGGGGAAUGCUGACCCUACCAUCCUGCCAACAAAGCCAGCAGGAGGAGCCACCAGCUACCCCAGCACAGUGGCCCCCCGGGCUACCACCCGUAGGCCCCCUAGGCCCCCCGGCUCUUCCCGCAGGGGGGCUGGUAGCUCAUCACGCCCUGUGCCUCCUGCAUCUGGCAGCCACUCUGGGAGGAAGGAAGGGCAGCGGGGACGAAACCAGAGCUCCACACACCUGGGACAGAAGCGGCCCCUGGGGAAGAUCUUUCAGAUCUACAAAGGCAACUUCACGGGAUCUGUGGAACCAGACGCCUCUUCCCUCACCCCAGGGACCCCGCUCUGGGGCUAUUCCUCUUCUCCGCAGUCCCAGACAGUGGCUGCAACCACAGCACCCAACAGUACCUUGUGGCCCCCAGCCACCCACCCCCUGAUGCCUGCAGAGGACAAGCCAGACCUCAGCAGGGCAGACCAGGGGCCUGGGUCCCCCUUCACUGGCCAAGGAGUGGAGCUGGACACCACAGCAGCCUCAGGUGCCCCAGCCCACCCGCAGCCUGCCCCAGUGCCUUCUCAUCAACCCCGUGGUGACAUGCAGGACAGCCUCAGCCGCAGUGACUCUUGGCUUACUGUCACCCCUGGCACCAACAGACCCCUGUCUGCCAGCUCUGGGCUCUUCACAGCCACCACAGGACCCACCCAGGCUGCCUUUCAUGCCAGUGUCUCAGCCCCUUCCCAGGGGGUUCCUCAGGGAGCGUCCACAACCCCGCAGGCACCAGCUCGUCCCCCUGGGGUCCCAGCAAGCACUGUUUCUCAAGUCGAGGAGGAAGCUGCAGCCACCCCCUCCGCGGCCAGCAGGGGAUCCAGCCCUUUCUCCACGGUGGUGUCCACAGCCACAGGGAACUUCCUCAACCACCUGGUCCCCGCUGGGACCUGGAAACCUGGAACCGCAGGGAACAUCUCACAUGUGGCCGAAGGGGACAAGCCCCAGCACAGAGCCACCAUCUGCCUGAGCAAGAUGGACAUCGCCUGGGUGAUCUUGGCCAUCAGCGUGCCCAUAUCUUCCUGCUCCGUCCUGCUGACCGUGUGCUGCAUGAGGAGGAAGAAGAAGACGGCCAACCCCGAGAACAACCUGAGCUACUGGAACAACGCCAUCACCAUGGACUACUUCAACAGGCACGCCGUGGAGCUGCCGAGGGAGAUCCAGUCCCUGGAGACGUCCGAGGACCAGCUCUCAGAGCCCCGCUCCCCAGCCAACGGCGACUACCGAGAUGCCGGGAUGGUCCUCGUGAACCCCUUCUGUCAGGAAACGCUGUUCGUGGGAAGCGAUCAAGUGUCCGAGAUCUGACUGCAGCAGCCUCUGCUUUGCCAGUCCCUAUUUUCAUCUCCAAAUUAUAAAUACACAAAUAUAUAUAUUAUAAAUAUAACCUUUGUGUAAUUCCGACUUAAAUGAGAAACAUUUUCAGCUUUUUUUUUCCUAAGAAUUGUCAACAUCUUUUUUAUAAGUGUGGUUUAAAAAAAAAACUUUACAGAAUGAUCUGUGGCUUUAUAAAAUAAAGAUAUUUCUAAGCAAAGCAGUUGCACUGAUUGCUUCUCUGAGUAACUGUUCGUGAACACUAAGCAGGUGAGGUAAGACACGGACCUACUGUAACAGCUGAAUGUUAAAUGACCAAGUGUAAGAUCUUGGAGUGAUUCUGAAAGUACUGCUUCCUCUUGGUUUGCUGUAACCCAGCUCCUCCCUCCUCGUUCGCACAGUGGAGAAGGCAGCUGGGCCUGCUGGGGGAGAUGGCAGAGUCAGGCACAAAGCAGGAAAAGGAACCGCACAGCCCCCAGAGGAAGGAACCUCUGCACCACUGGAAGUCAAGUUCGUUCCAGGUGGCGGAUGGAGGGCAACCCUCAGGGGUUGUGGGGGACGUUGGCAUCCAAAGGCCACAUCUCCCCGACAUCACAGGGCAGAGAGCUUCCACCGUGCUGACUCGGGACUGCCUGUUCUCAGCAGGAGGCGGCACCCCUUCAGCACUUCCCUGCGUCUGCCCCAGGACCCGUGUGCGUCCUUGUCUCAGAGGGGAUUAGACGCAGAUCCCAGCCCUGGAACCCUAGAAUGCCCGUGCUUCUUCAAGGAUCAAUUGUUCUUUGUGGUUUAGGCUUGUUUCCUCCAAAGGCCAAGGUGACCCCUGGAGAACAUGCUUAUCUGGGAAGUCUAAAGCUGUAGUUUUUGAAACCUUCCUCCUGCAAUCUUAGAACAGUGACUGGCAUAGGAGGAGCGCUAGUCUGCUCGCCUUGGUGUUGAAGACCUGCCGGCCUCUCACCCCCACCCCGUGCUGUCCCUCAUCCCUGUGGGCUGGUGCCAAUGGGUCAGACCCGCAGAGACACAGUAGGAGCUUCCAGGGGUGGCUGCUGCUCUGUUUUCCCUAAUAGCUGCUGGCUUGGAGAGAGAACUGCUCCGAUGCUUCUUUCCUCUAAAAGAAAAUGGUUUGAUAGUAUAUUUUCAAGAUAGAUGUUCUGACAGACUGGGAGUUGAACUUGAAUGUUGGUUCACAUGUUUGUGUUGUUGCUGUGGUCUUUUUAUCAUGUUUUUCCUUCCUACAUUUUCCUUACUAAGAAAGAGAUGGCCUUCAACACUGUGUGUUCUCAAUGUUGUGAGUGCAACUGUUGUCACUUCAGCCCACAAAGAAGCAAGUCCAAUGUCACUUGGGAUUUAUUUUCUAACAUGUUGCUGUCGGACCAGUUUAACCUUAUCAUAUUAUUUCUGUUAGCAAUUGCAUCUACUAUUAUCAAUGUGUAUGAGUAUAUAUGGAGAGAAAUCUGUUUGUAAAGUAUAAUUAUAUAUAAUAUAUGUAAUCAGAUACAUAUGUUAUAUAUACAAAUGUGAUGUAUGACUUAUUUUUCUUUACCCUUAGAAUUCAGCUAACGUGUAUAUAUAAAUAAACUUAUUUUAUUACCCAGAGGA